AGAAACAAAAAGUCAUCUUGGUGUUUAGCUCAGUUUAGCUGGUUUUGUGUUGGUCAUUGAGAAAUAUUUCAUUCUUCUCCUUGGAAUAUAAUUUAAUUUUUAUUUAUUUGGAUUAACUUGAGAAAAUACAGCUGCAAAAUGUCUAUUAUGGCUUAUAACGGUGGGUGUCUCGUCGCUAUGCGCGGGAAGAAUUGUGUAGCCAUUGCAACUGAUCAUCGGUUUGGUAUACAAGCUCAAACUAUUAGCACAGACUUUGAGAAAGUUUUCCAAGUCAAUCCCCGUACAUUCCUGGGACUUGUUGGUUUGCAGACAGAUAUACUAACUGUGCAUGAUCGUAUUAUGUUUCGCAAAAAAUUAUAUGAAGAUCGAGAAAAUCGGGAGAUGACACCGGAACCUUUUUCUGCUAUGAUAUCUAAUUUUUUAUACGAGCAUCGAUUCGGACCAUACUUCAUUGAACCAGUAAUCGCCGGCUUACAUCCCAAAACUUUGGAGCCAUUUAUAUGUAACAUGGAUCUUAUUGGAUGUCCAAAUAAGCCGGAUGACUUCGUAGUUGCAGGUACUUGUUCGGAACAACUGUAUGGUAUGUGUGAAACCUUAUGGAAGGAAGAUCUAGAGCCGGCAGAAUUAUCAGAAGUGAUAUCUCAGGCUAUAGUUAGCGCAUUUGAUCGUGACGCUAUUAGCGGCUGGGGUGCGACUGUUUAUAUUAUUGAAAAGGAUAAAAUUACUAAAAAACAAAUCAAAACACGUAUGGAUUAGAAAUAUGUUUACCUUUUUAUGAAAUAAAAU